UAAUCUCUUAAGACAAAGGUAAUAUCUCUUCUUCCUCUACUCUCGCCGUCAAAUCUGCAAUGUCAAUCGUCACAGCUAGUUGCCCAUGCCGACUAGGGCAAAAUCGGGAUGCUUCUGGGAGUUUUUGUUCUCUCGUAAUGGGACAUUUAAAGCAGCUAUGUUCAAUCCCGGUGCGCAGGGAAUCAGAUUCUACUUGUGCAUUAUCCACUGGGAAUCCAACACCAUUAUCUCUUUUGCAAAUCGUUAUAUGCCCGUUUCAAAUUCAGGGAUCAUGGUUUGACUGCGAAUGGUAUAGUUUCUACAUAAGGAUUGCCAAGCUAUGGUGGCUCAGCUUGAACGUUAGCUUGAAAGACUUUCUAUUCCUUGAUUACGGUUUCCAUGGCAUGGAAGAAUAUGUGCAAUUUGAGGGUGAGUCCAGUGGUGAAAACCGAUGUGUUUGUUCGGGUAACUCUCAGCCCGACAUUCCAAUUGAAGAUUUGUCUUGGGUAUUGAAGGAUUCACAUAAUCGAACAAGAGGAAGUGGAAAUCUCAUUCAAUGUUACUAUCCGCAAGGGUAAAGGUCAUGUAGAAAAGAACGGGAAAUAGAAGGGAAGAACUCCGUGAAAUUAGACUGCCUAUGUUGUUGAUUUAAAAAAUGUUAGAAUAUUCAUCAAGUUGGACCAAUGUUAUUGUAUUCGUAAUGUGUUUUUAGUUAUGCCGUUGUAUGCACUUCUUAUAAAGCUUGAAUUGAUUUUGUU